UCUCUCUCUCUCUCUCUCUCUCUCUCUCUCUGAGGUAAUCCAGUUCUGUUCAGCGCGGGAUCCGUAACGGAUGCUGCGUAUCUUUUCGUGUCUCCUCUCAUCGCAUACUAAACACAGGUCGUAUGUGAACUCCUACUUCAUUCUCCGUCGUAGGAAGGAAAGAAAGAAAGGAGGGGAAAGGGAGAAGUCCAGCCUCUUGACUCAAGCAGCGCUUCAUUUGGGAAUAAGGGCUCAAAGCUCAAUCUGCAUCAUCCAGCCUGAACAGUGCGCUUAAGUGGAACUUGUGCGCCGUUUGAUGCUGUGGCGCGCGCGUCGUCGUGCAAAACCAUCACAGGCGUCGCAUUUCCCUCUGACUUUCUCUGCUCGCGAUCGGGAUUCGGACGCGGACUGAGCGCACGGAGGAUAUUCCAGCCUUGACCAUCUGGAUGUUUUGACUUGGUCUCGAGAAAAUUCCCCGAAAAAUCGUUUUUUAAUCUCUAUAUUAUUUUUUGGGGAUUUCUUUGCUCUCAGCUGCUGCAAUCCGAGCCGGAGAGGGCUUCGAAGGAGGCAGCACGCGCAUCCGUCCAUACUGCUUCAUCUCUGGACUGGAUCUUCGGGUGGCUUCGGGAUUUAAAGGCAGUCGUCCCGCAGUAGGAGAAUUGAUUUCCCCGCUGGAGACAUGAAAGUUUUUACGACCGUGAUGCUCCUGCUUGCAUUCUGGGGUCUGGAGUGCGAGCCCGUGCUUUCCGAUUCCAUUAUUCACAUCGGGGCCAUAUUUGAUGAGUCUGCCAAAAAGGAUGAUGAGGUGUUCCGCAUGGCUGUGGCUGACCUCAACCUCAACAACGAGAUCCUUGAGACAGAGAAGAUCACCUUCUCAGUGGAGUUUGUGGAUGGGAACAACCCCUUUCAGGCAGUUCAAGAAGCAUGUGAGCUGAUGAACAGAGGCAUCCUUGCUCUGGUGAGCUCAAUCGGAUGCAUGUCUGCAGGCUCGCUUCAGACCCUGGCCGAUGCCAUGCACAUCCCCCAUCUGUUUAUACAGCGGGCACCAGCAGGAACACCUCGCUCCAGCUGCCCUCCAACAAGCCAUGGACAACCUGAUGACUACACACUUUUUGUCCGUCCCCCUGUCUACCUAAAUGAUGUCAUCUUCCAAGUGGUGAUGGAGUACACCUGGCAGAAGUUUAUCGUCUUUUAUGACACUGAUUAUGAUAUACGAGGGAUCCAAGACUUUCUGGACAAGUCGUCCCAGCAGGGAAUGGACGUGUCCCUUCAGAAGGUGGAGUCGAACAUCAACAUGAUGAUCACCGGGAUGUUCCGAACCAUGAGGAUGGAAGAGUUGCACCGCUACAGGGACACGCUUCGCCGAGCGGUUCUCUUUAUGAGUCCUGCAAGUGCCAAGGCAUUCAUUACAGAGGUAGUGGAAACCAACUUGGUUGCUUUCGAUUGCCACUGGAUCAUUAUAAAUGAGGAGAUCUCAGAUAUGGAUGUGCAGGAAUUGGUGGUGAAGUCUAUAGGGCGUCUGACUCUCGUCAGACAGACCUUCCCUCUUUCUCAGAACUCCAGCCAGCAAUGUGUGCGGAACAACCACCGCAUCAACAACUCUCUCUGUAACCCCAAAGACCCCAAAGCUCACACAUUAGAGAUCACCAACCGCUACAUCUACGACACAGUAUUGCUGCUGGCCAACACAUUCCACAGGAAGUUGGAGGACCGCAAGUGGCACAGCAUGGCGAGCCUCUCGUGCAUCCGCAAAGGCUCCAAGCCAUGGCAGGGUGGCCGCUCCAUGCUGGAGACUGUCAAGAAGAGCGGAGUGAGCGGUCUGACAAAUUUUCUGGAAUUCAAUGAUAAUGGCACGAACCCCAACAUCUUUUUUGAAAUCCUGGGGACAAACUAUGGAGAGGACCGUGGCCGUGGAGUCAGCAGGCUGGCAACAUGGGACCCUGUCCAUGGACUAAAUGGAACCUUGUCUGACCGGAAACUGGAGAACAACAUGCGUGGAGUGGUGCUACGUGUUGUUACGGUCCUGGAGGAACCAUUUGUCAUGGUGUCUGAGAAUGUGUUGGGAAAGCCCAAAAACUAUCAGGGAUUCGCCAUCGAUGUUUUGGAUGCUCUGUCUAAUUACCUCGGCUUCAAGUACGAGAUCUAUUUGGCUCCUGAUCACAAAUACGGCAGCCAACAAGCUGAUGGAAGCUGGAAUGGUCUAAUUGGAGAACUGGUGUUCAAGAGAGCAGACGUGGGGAUCUCAGCACUUACCAUCACACCUGAGCGAGAGAGCGUAGUGGACUUCACCACGCGCUACAUGGACUACUCAGUGGGUGUGCUGCUGAAGAAAGCUGAGCGCACAAUGGACAUGUUUGCCUGCCUGGCGCCUUUUGACCUGUCGCUGUGGGCGUGCAUUGCUGGCACCGUGCUCCUUGUCGGCACGCUAGUGUACCUGCUCAACUGGCUCAACCCACCACGGCUACCCAUGGGCUCUGUGUCCUCUACCACGCUUUAUAACUCCAUGUGGUUCGUCUAUGGCUCCUUCGUGCAGCAGGGUGGAGAAGUACCAUACACCACUUUGGCCACGAGGUUGAUGAUGGGCGUUUGGUGGCUCUUUGCUUUGAUUGUCAUUUCUUCCUACACAGCUAAUCUGGCAGCCUUUCUCACAAUCUCCCGCAUUGAAAACUCAAUCCAGUCACUCCAGGACCUCUCUAAGCAAACAGAGCUGCCGUACGGCACCGUGCUGGACUCUGCCGUGUAUGACCAGCUGCGCAGCAAAGGCAUGAACCCUUUUGAACGAGAUCCCAUGUACUCACAGAUGUGGAGGAUGAUCAAUCAGUCAGGAGGAGCUGAUAAUAAUGUGGAGGAUUCAAAGGAGGGUAUUCGCAAGGUGAAGUACGGCCGCUUUGCAUUUGUGUGGGAUGCAGCUGUACUGGAGUAUGUGGCCAUUAAUGAUGAGGACUGCUCCUUCUACACUGUGAGCAACAAUGCACCAGACAGAGGCUACGGCAUUGCCAUGCAGCAUGGCAGCCCUUACAGAGACAUCUUUUCUCAGAGGAUCUUGGAGCUGCAGCAGAAUGGGGACAUGGAUAUCCUGAAACUGAAGUGGUGGCCCAGAGAAAGCCCAUGUGACCUGUACUCUGCCGUGGGCACCAAGAAAAGUGCCAGUGCCCUGGACAUCCACAGUUUUGCUGGCGUGUUCUUUGUUCUUGCAGCCGGUGUGGUGCUGUCCUGCCUUAUUGCCACUAUCGAGACUUGGUGGACACGGAGGAAGGGAUCCAGAGUACCCUCUAAGGAGGAUGACAAGGAGAUCGACCUGGAGCACCUCCACCGGCGCGUGAAUAGCCUGUGCACAGAGGACGAGAGCCCGCACAAGCAGUUUUCCACCUCUUCAAUGGAUCUGACUCCACUGGACAUGGACUCACUGCCAGCGGCACGCCAGGCCCUGGAGCAGAUCAGUGAUUUCCGUAACACACACAUAACCACCACCACCUUCAUCCCCGAACAGAUCCAGACACUGAGUCGCAGCCUUUCUGCCAAGGCAGCAUCCGGCUUUGCUUUCGGCGCCAUGCCCGACCAGCGGACUGGCGCCGGGCCCUUCAGGCAGCGCGCACCCAAUGGAGGGUUCUUCCGCAGCCCCAUCAAGACCAUGUCUAGCAUCCCAUACCAGCCCACACCAACCCCAAGCUUCAGCUAUGGCAACGACCCAGACCGGGGCACCUCCAUAUGAGGGAAUACACACAAAAAAGAUCCAAAUGUAAAUACCUGUCUUCUUUUUUUUUUGUUGUCCCUUUUUGCUUUUGAAAAAGCUCUGCUUUUUAGUUUUGCUGUUGGGGGUGCUCGUCCUGCCUGAACUCACCUACCUGUUGAGGAUGAUGAUAAAUUUCAUUAUUGUCGUCGUGAUUGUUGGGAGAUCUCUUGUGUAAACAUGACUUUGCCUUCAUUUUUUCACAUGGAAUUUUGGGAAUUAGCUCUAUGGGGAGAGAUUUAAAUGACUAAUCUAAAAGAUAUAAAAUCAUGGGAUGUUUACAUUUCUUUUGUUUUCGUUUGGUUUCCAGACAAAAAAGGGAAAAAAAUAAUACUGCAUUUUGCAGACUGACCUACAGACCUGCAAUAACUUGAGGCUUAUUUGAAAAAUCUUGUCUGGUUCGCAGUUCAUGCUGGUCACUGCUCAGCUAUGUGUUAUGGUGAGCCGGGUGUCAGUAGCUAGAGAAUAAAGUCCUUCUGCUGCUCUACACUGCACCUGAGUUCCAGACAUACAGACUGAUCUUCUGACAUCCUUACGUCUGGCUGUGACGUCUCUUUUUCACUUACACACUGGACAAUGUAUAAGAGAAAGAUUUAAUGAAAAAAAUAUACAUCAACAAAGUUAAAGCAUAGAAGGACAAAUGCAAAUGAGGCCUCUACAUGUGUUUUAUUUAGUUUUUUUUUUUUUUUUUGAAAAUAGAAAAAUCAUUUUGUGUGGAAUGUCUGUGAUCAGAAAGUUUAAACAACAUGAAAAAAAAGGAUAAGUGCAGGUUGUAUUUUGUUUCAUAUAUAUAUAUAUAUAUAUAUAUAUAUAUAUAAUAUUUCAGAUUGCUUUAGUGCCAUCAUCUUACUAUUAGGUGUUAUAGUCAAGACGAAAUGCUCUUUAUAAUUCUUCAUGUGUCUUUAAACUGACACCAGGCCAUCUGAAGGUACAGACAAGACAGCCCAUUUUGGGGAAUUAUUUGAAAUAACUUUCUAUUUCCUUUCAUAAACUGUAAGGGGUAAUAUUUAUCUAACUUUUUUAAAAGUGCUAAUUGUUCAAACAAGGCCAUCAAUGUGUGAUGACAGGUUCAAAAAAGACACAUUUUGAGAAGUUAAAAAAAUACAAAAAAUACAAAAAAUACAAAAACAUUAAAUACAUUCAAACUGAUUUCACUAACAUUGUAUUAAUAUGACUAAUGUUAGUUGUUUAGAACAAGCUUUCAGUUUGUUUUCCUCAGACUAAUUCGCAAAUGUUGUGUGUAGAGAAAAGCAACAGUGUUUUGAUGACAGCAUUCUAGAUGUACUUUUCUUAAGCUAUGAAUGACAAUAGGAAAAGUUUUUAUUUAGUAUCAAAUUAAAGAUUUUUAUUUAGUAUAAAAUAAAGAGACAGUAAAAUGUAUAUUUUACAUGAAGAUAAUUUUUGUUGAAUUAAUGAAGAUAUAGAGUUUAACAUUAAAGCCUUGCAUUGCAUUAGUCAUCAUUACACUAACUUAAUUACCCAGAAUCCCUCUGAUAAGACAAAGAUUAAGCUUUCGAUUUUAGUCACAUUUUAACUUCAUUUCUUUUUUGAGUUAUGGAUUCAUGAGUAAGAAUGAAAGUCCUUUUCCAAAUGAAAAAAAAACACAUGUAAGACUUGCUAAGCCUGUAACAUUUUUUAUUUCUUACAUAGUAUGUACAGGAGUUCCUUGAUCAUUUUCAACCAAUUUUAAUGUACAGUAUUUAAUAUAGGCCUAUUUUGUUGUAUGUGUUGCAUAUUAUUCUAAUGGAACAAACUGAGGCCUCUGUUACAAGUGGCAAAGCUUUCUGUGUAUAAUUUGUCUAAUAAACAUGUUUUCUACA